AUGUACACUGAUCUUGGUGGUCCGCCUAAGACACCCCUAAGCGUGUCCGAGCGUCCAGCAACGAUUCCUUCAGCUGCCUCACCGUACCAUAGGAUCCGCUCCGAUUCUACCUUGGCAUUUAUGGACGAAACCAUCAAAAAAUACUCCCGGAAGUUGCGGAAGCUGCGGGCCUACACCUGCGCUGCUUUCAGUGCUGUGGAGAAGCUUAUAAAAGAUUACGAUAAAACUCAACAAAAUGCUAUUGAUUGGGCGCAAAAGCGCCUUGUUAUGGAUGGUGCAUUCAUGGGCUGGAUUAAGAACCAGACCGACGAGGACAAGGCCAAGAUGGAUAUCCGUAUCAUUGAGAUCAUCGGUCACGCCGGUGCAAAAUUUGGUUGUGUUUUGCUGCCCAGCAAGUACCUCAAAGACUUCACAAUUGGUGCCUUCAGAAUGGUGAUCAAGUUGCCGUGCGGACGUGCACUUCCAUCUAGAGACAUGUUUGUCACCCCUCGCAUACCUAGACAGAAGGCCAAUAACGCUGGCUCAAAACAUUUCCUCAAGACGUUCUGGGCGCAUGCUUUGACCCGCGGCAGAGAGCAUACGAACCCACAGCUUUUUGAGAAAGGAGAGGAGGUUCAUGUUUCGGGCUUGCCUGGUACGCCAUAUGGGCGAGUCCUACGUCUUGAAAAUAGAUCCAGUCGGGACAACCUACAAGGACCGUCUGAGACAUUCGAAAUUGAUGCCUCCGAUGAUGAACCCUUGACCACGAAGAAGCGGCGCAGACAUAAAAUACCUGCGGGAGAGCCAAAGGUAAAGCGGAAGCGCGAGUCAGAACCUGGCACUGCCAUUGCCAGCAGUGCCCCCGCUCAACGAACGAGGGCAUUUGGGCCCAAAAGCAAGGCCAAGUUAUCACCGCCAUCGAAACAAAGGCGUGCUUCAUCACCAGGCCCCCGUAAAGUUGAGGGCACGCGCCAGUUUUCCCUAACUAAACUGACCGAUACGGACGCUGAGGGGGAGCUUGACAUGGAUGUCUUUGGAGAAGCGGAAGUGGAAGAAGAGCUGAUGCAGAUGAGCCCUGAUGACCCUGAUGCUCGGGAUAUCCCCAACUCCCAUUCUGAUCCUGCCAAAGUCAAUGGGACGAUCGUGGAGUUCGAGGACCUUCCAAGCUACUCUCCUGAUAUCCAGGACACCAUCGAAGUCAGUCAAGUAAUAGUUGAAGAUGGACAUCUUUCGGUCGACGAGGGACGUAGCUCACCUGACCCCCUUUUCGAUUCUAUUUCGCAAUCAGGGAACGACGAAGGAUCUCGCUCUCCCGUUGAGCCAGCGGUACCUUUUCACCGUGCUCGAGCGGCUAAUCCUUUGGUCAAGUUUAUCGAUGCUGCUCCGCUGAUGGAUAAGGCUUCGGGGGUUGUCAACCCCGCAAAGACACGCUUGAUUUCUGGCCAGCCUUCGAACUCAUCUCGGGAUAGCGGUAGUAACGCAUCCCAAAAGGCACGACCAAAACCUGGUCCUGGUGGACGUUCCUCGGCUUCCCGAGGCAAAAAUCGAAGCUCCUUGUUGACAGCUGUGAAGGGUGGCCUAACCAGCGUGAAGGGUCGCUUCGAGCCGGCAAAGGAUGUAAGGGAAGAACCAGAACCAAUUGAAAAUGCGCCAUCGCCGUCUCAUCUUACAGAGCACGAAUUUGCCAUUACAUCCUGGAGUGAUGAAGAUGCAGCGGGCGAGACAGAUCACGAGCAUCUAGCAACGGCACCCUUGACUGACCAGAUGGGGCCUGCGUCCAAUCAUGCACCUGCCCCUAUCCCAGUUCCCUCCGGUCAGGAAUUAUUAGAGAUAGCAGGUUUGAAGUCGGAUGCAGCCGCGCUGCCUGACUUCGAAGAUGAAGCGAAUGUCGAACGGCCGCCUCAACCCACGAAUGCUAUCUCGGUAGACACUCUUGCUGAUGACGUUCCUACCGAAGAUGCAGCCUCCCCGGCUACCAUGACCGUGGAAGAUGAAGCGGCACGAAAAAGUCUUGCAGAAGCUAAAGAGCAGCUGUUCCCGUCUGUACAGACUACGGCUUCGGUGACAUCCAUUUCAAGCUCAUCAUGGAAGACGUCAAAAGACAACACUAUCUUUGGACCAAUGUAUAAGCUACAGGAACCAGCUAAGCUUGCUCGCUUAACAUUGAUACAGGGUGAAGAUUUCUGGGGCAAUAAUACAAAUCUGUCAGCUCCGCUCGCGGGCCUAACGGCUCCCCUUCAUUGGCGUACAGCGUUGGAAUUUCAGCCUGUUUCCUGUUGGAAGGUCUAUAUGCACCGUGUCGCAAGAAAAAUAGAAUUGCCAUUUCCCCUUCCACCGCGGCAGAAUUGGCCAGAGCAGAAUUGGCUGCAGCUACUCAACAUGCGAGUGGCACCGAGGUGGGCAGUUCACUGCAACACAGUUAACCUGCAGCGGGGGCACAAGCGUCUCAAGGACAACCAAUACAAACACAUGUCCCGACUGACGAGUCGGGAGACAUUCCCUAUAUAG